UUUGCGAAACAUUUCGACGCUGUAGACGCCAUUCAUUUCUGGUUUUGUAAAGCAAAGAGCGAUUUCAAUUGCUUAUUGGUAAUAAAGUACCAAUAAAACACCGAAAUCAACGUAACCAUUGUGAGAGAAAAAUACUUUGCAAGUGUCUAAUACGGUCACGCUGCUUUAAACGAGCAUCUUUGCCGGCAAUCAUAUUUCGUAUUCCGGCAAAUAAAUUGCAUCAGUAUUAGUGACUGGAUACAAUUCGCAAAUCCCCAGAUACACAGUCAAAUACUUUCGAAAACUCGAAAAUUUCGCAGCCUCCAAAGCACGCAAAACACUGCCCACUGCCCGUUUGUUUGACUUGGCUGCUGUCCAUUUCAGUGAGAAAUCUAAACACACGCGAAGCAAAGCGAAAGCCGACGCCGCCGACGCGCCAAUUUAACUUCAAUACAUUUAUACAAUAUAGUAAAUCAUUCCUUUGCUGCUCCGCUAACAGGAAAAUACUCUAGCCAUGGCCGAGGCAAAAACACCCGAAAAGAUGCUGUCCGCUAAACCACCGGUGUAUCAUCCAAAUAGCCAUAGUCCAAAUGCUACGCUCCAGCUGCCGAGUCCCAUCAUCACGCGGCGCACACGCACGGCCUCGACCUCAGCGCGUGCCAUGGAAAAUCCAAUGGUUGGCGGUGUUGUGAAAUCCUUUAGCCGCACUAAAGGACACGGCUUCAUCACGCCGCACGACGGCGGCGAGGACGUUUUUUGUCAUGUUUCCGACAUCGAAGGCGAAUAUGUGCCCAUGCCUGGCGACGAGGUCAAAUAUCGCCUCUGCGCCAUUCCGCCCAAGUUUGAGAAACACCAGGCCGUGCACGUGCAGAUAAGCAAUUUGACGCCCGAAGUGCACCACAAAUGGGAGGAACCCGUCUUCUGUGGCUCUCCCGCCAAAUAGAUACUCGCUUCUGUAAAGGCCUUCCACAAAAUUUAAUUAACUGGAGCACGCAGCAGGAAAACAGAAAACAAUGAAAACAAUAUUAAAUAACAAUAAACAGUUGGCCAACGAACGCCGAUCAAGACAAACAGAAUGAGAUAAAAACUGAACAGCAAAUGAAAGCAUACAAAACGACUUAAUCAAUUGUACGUCACACAGCCAGCCAGCCAGCCAGUUUCAAUUAAGUCUUUAUUAUUAUUAAGCUAAGCAAAAAAAAAAAAAUUUAACUUUUGUCACAAUUGUGUUAGACUUUUUUGAAAAGACCAGUUUGAAGAUUUGUAAUGGAUUCGUCUUGUAAUCUGGAAUAUUGUUAUUAAAUAUCGAGAAAUUACUCGAUGAUUUGAUUUGGAGCCUGUAACAGUA